GAAUUUAAAAUUCAAGGAAUGGAGAAAUACGAGGUUUUAGGGAAAAUAGGAAAAGGCGGAUUUGGCCAAAUUUCAAAAAUUAGGCAUAAAAAAGACGGUAAAAUCCUAGUCUGCAAAGAGAUUGACUAUACAAAAUUCAAAGAGAAGGAGAAGAGGCAGAUGAUCAAUGAAGUGAACAUCUUAAGAGACUUGAAGUCGCAAUUCAUAGUCAGAUAUUUUGAUAGUAUCCUCGAGAAGGAGAAAAACAGGCUGUACAUUAUCAUGGAAUAUUGUGACGGAGGUGAUCUCUCGCAGGUUAUUAAGAGGACUAAGAAGAGCAAUGAGCAUAUCCCUGAAGAAAUGAUAUGGAAAAUUCUCUCUCAGCUAUGAAUGGCUCUGAGGUACUGACACAGGAAAACUCCAGCUAUCAUUCAUCGAGAUAUUAAACCUGCCAAUGUGUUCCUUGUUGGGUCUACAAAUGUAAAAUUAGGAGAUUUUGGAUUGUCCAAAAUCCUGAUUAAUGAUUCUAUGUAUGCUUACACUAACGUUGGAACUCCUUACUAUAUGUCUCCUGAGCAAGUUAAUGAAGAAAAAUAUAAUUAUAAAAGUGAUAUUUGGUCACUCGGAUGCAUUAUUUACGAAGCAGCUGCUCUCAAACCUCCAUUCCAUGCUGAAAACUUCUUAGCACUUGCUAAGAAAAUUGCUGAGGGAAAGGUAGAUUCCAUCCCUAGUGUAUAUUCAAAAGAGCUCCAAGAAGUUAUUGUCAAAAUGCUAAAUAUCGAUCCUGACAAUAGACCUUCUGUCGAAGAUCUCAUUACUAAAAACAUGAACGUCAACAUGAAGAUAAAAGAAUUCAAAAUCAGAGAAUGGAAAGAUGAAUGUAUCAGAAAAGAUAAGCUUCUUAAAGAAAAAGAGCGUGAGCUAAUAGAGAAAUCCAAAAUGAUAGACCAAAGAUUAGCUGCUGUUGAAGAAAGGGAGAAGAGGGUUGCAGAGCUUGAAGCCCAGUAUAAAACCCUGUUUGAUAAAUAAUUCAGCUAUCACAGGGGUAAACUACCAACCACUGCUUUCAAGAUAUUCAAAUGCUACAACAGUCAAUACAGUAGAGUCACACAACCUCUCUAGACACAUGUCGAUUAAAAGUGUUGAAUACGGUUUUGAUAAAUCAGUGCAAUCUCAGAAGGCUGGUGGGAUGACCAACUCAGUGAACCCUUGCCAAAAAUCCAUAUCUUCGGAGACUAAUAAAACAUCCAGUAAAAGACAUCAUCCAAAUUCAUUGUCUCUACAAAGCGGAAUUCUCUCUAAUGGAUCAACACUAAAGUCUAACCCGAAUCCAGAUUUUGUAGUGAACUCCCCAAUUCCAAGCCAGUCUCCAACAAGUGAGUUGAAGAAGCCAGUUGACAGUAUAAUUAGUCCAACAAGUGGAGAUAAGCGCCAGAACGAUGAGGCAAAUAACUCAGAUAUCACUUACAAAGUCACUGAUUCAUUGGAGAAGAUCUUUAAGCAUGACAGAGUUAACAGGAAGAGCAAGAAGAUUCUAAUGAUCGGGGAGAAAAGAAUGACCUCUGAAGCAUCCUCUUCAGAGUCAAGGGAAAGAGACCUAGUUAAGUUUAACAAAGGCCCACUCAUGUUAAAAAGUAAAGAGAGUAGUGGAAAAGAUCAAUCUGAGAAGAAAAAGGGCACUCUUAAUGAAGAACUAGCUAAGAAAUAUGCUGAUAAGCUUGAUCUCGGCAAGAAAAGAAUUAACUCUGAGACCAGGUUUAAUAUUGAGAAUAAGGAAAAUAUUUCAUCAAAUAGAAUUUUUAAACCAUCUUUGAAUAUUUUAAAUAAAGUUCAGAACAACACUGGGAAUGUAGGGAAGUUAAAUACUAUCAGGAACACUCCUUCUAGUAAAGGCUUAAUGGAGGAGUACAAGGAGAAGAAACCAGCCAAAUCUCCACCAGCUUACCCUAUCAACAGAAGCAUCCAGCAAAGUGAGAAGAGUUUGAAAAGCAAAUUAACCAUGAUGAAUUUUGGGAAGGCCAAGCUGGUUAAUAAAGGAAAUAGAAAUAGCAACCUUAAGCCUCCAAAGAAGUGCUACACUAUCGCUUCUAAUAAGAACUCGGAUUCCGAAUCAAGUUUUACCAGCAUGAACACACUCGGAGUCAAAAAUUUUGGCCAGGAGCAUGCCACUCCUAGCAAUCUGAUUAGAGGUAGUUUUGAAGUUAAGAGCACAAAGGAAAUGCUUAAUAAUACCGCACAGACCAUAGGAAGAAAUAAAGAGUGCACUUUCGAUGCAUUUAAUCCAUGCUUCAAUGCAACCAUUGAUGUCAGAGAGGGAAAUAUACAGGAUCUGUGUCACAAGGCACCAAGAGGAAUUCCUCCUUCUAAGAAUAAUAUGCUCACUGUAAGAGGACAGUAUAAAUCUAAGCUUCCUGUGAAUAACAAACGGCUGAAAAAGAAGGACAGCUCAACUACAUUCAGGAAGAUGGUGACUAAGAACCAUAGGAAUAUGAGCAAGAACAAAUCAAGCAGAGCCCGGUUGAGGACAGUUGACUCGAAAGGAAACUUAAAAAGCUUCAAAGAAAACAAAGGAAACUAUGAUGGGGGUAAUAUCCCUUCAAAUUCUUCCUCUGGAAAGAAGAAAUCUAAUCAGAAGCAGAAGAAGUCGCCAAAGUGAAAAUACUCUUCAGAGUCUUCAUCAAAGAUGUACCAGCAGAAUAGGAGUAAGGACUAUAGCAGUAAAGUGAAGUUCCAUCCAUUGACGAACAACACUUCUGCAUCUUUCAUAAGAAAAUCAAUGAAUUUUUAA